AUGGUCGAAAGCCGUUUCCGGGGCCUUUUGGAGCAGUUUCAGAUCGAAGUCGCGGUCUUGAAGGCCUUGGACCACCCGAACAUCAUCCGGUUGGAGGACGUGUUCGAAACGGAGCACCGGAUCUACAUGGUGAUGGAGCUGAUGCGGGGGGGGGAACUCUUCGACCGGGUGGUGGAACGCGGAAGUUUGUCGGAGGAGGAGGCGAGCGAGGUGGUACGCGCCCUGGCCUCCGCCAUCGCCUACAUGCACUCAAUGGGCAUCAUCCACCGGGACCUGAAGCCGGAGAACUUGCUCUUGUCGCACGGGGGCGCGGGCCCUGGCGGGGUCGGGCAGGCGGUGAAGAUCAUCGACUUCGGGCUGAGCAAAAUGACCAUCGAUGUGUGGGCGUUGGGCGUCAUCGUCUUCGUCCUCCUCUGUGGCUGUCUCCCCUUCGACGACGACUCCUCCGCGCUCUCCCUCGAAUCCGUGGAGACGAAAUUCCAGCUCCGUUUUCCCUCUUGGGCCGGCAACCUCUCUUCCGGGGCCAAAGACCUGCUGGUCCACCUCCUGGACAUCGACCCCCGUUCCCGCUACACAGCCGAGCAGGCCUUGACGCACCCUUGGGUGAGUGGGAGCAUGGUGAAACGGAACAAUUACUUGCAGUCCCCGCGCGGGAUCCGGCGGAUUCAGGAGCAGUGCGGCCUGGCAACAGCAGCUGCUCAAGGCGGCUGGUUCGGCGCUCUCCACCCCGUACACGUCCCCGUACCACCCCUCCGUGGUGGUGGAUGA